AUGAUUUGGCAUCUUUAUCCCGAUGAAGGACCUCAUCCUGCCUUGGACGGGAACAGGCAAGGUAGCCAACACAGAGAAUGGUUCAAUGUUGCUCUGUUAAAACGCACAAUGCAUUUUGUACGUCUGCGCCGGGUAUGGGUUAGAAACAUGUCGACCAAAGAUUCUUGGCGUUUCGCUGGACAAAGUCAUUGA